AUGAUCAAAGAGUCCUCUAACAACUGGAAAACGUUUGAAACAAAAACGACAAGUCUCUCUAUAAAAGACGAAGAAAUAUUAGAGAAGAAGCCAAGUGGGAAGUCUAGUAAUAAGCUAUGGCGGGGCCUCGUGAAAGUUUCUGAUAAGUUAGAUUCGUUCGGGGUAGAAUCCACUGGUAUUAAUCGUAUUGCACCAUAUGAACGUGGUACUUAUGCUAGACAGUUUCUACAUGUGGCUGGUUUAUGGUUGAGUGCUUCGGGAAGUUUGUCGUCAAUGUCAUCAUUCUUUCUUGGACCAUUAGUAUUUGAGCUUACCUUCAAACAAUCAUUGGUUUCUGGUAUCAUUUCUAUGUUUAUUGGAUGCUUGAUCGCCGCAUACUGUUCUAUCAUGGGCCCUCAAUCUGGCUGUAGGCAAAUGGUUACUGCGAGGUUUCUCUUCGGAUGGUGGUUUGUGAAAUUCGUUGCAUUAGCAUCCAUUAUUGGUGUUAUGGGUUGGUCUGUUGUGAAUUGUGUUGUGGGAGGUGAAAUGUUAAGCUCUAUCUCCGAUGAAAAGAUUCCCCUUUGGGUUGGUAUUAUUAUUGUAACAGUAUUUUCCUUCUUAGUGGCAACAUUCGGUAUAAAGCAAGUUUUAAAAGUGGAAUCUUACAUCUCGGUCCCAGUUUUAACAUGUUUCACACUACUAUACAUUUCAUCGAGCGAUAAAUUCAGUUUAGUAAAUAACAUCGAUAACAGUUCAGUUGAGCCAUCAACGAUAAAAGGAAAUUGGAUGAGUUUCUUUUCACUCUGUUACAGUAUUACUUCAACUUGGGGCUCUAUUGCAGCAGAUUACUAUAUUCUAUUCCCAGAAGAUGCUCCAAAAUACCAAGUUUUCAUGCUAACUUUUUUCGGUACUUUUAUUCCAACUCUUUACGUGGGUGUCUUAGGUCUUCUUUUAGCCGCGAUUGCUGUGACUUAUGAACCAUGGACAGAACAAUACAACAGUUACGGUAUGGGGGGACUGUUACAUGCUGGUUUUGAGCGUUGGAAUGGGUUUGGUAAAUUCUGUGUUGUUGUUUUAAUUUUAAGUCUGAUCUCUAACAAUAUCAUCAACACAUAUUCCGCAGCAUUUUCCAUUCAGUUAUCGUCGGUGUUUGCAUCUCAUGUACCCCGUUGGUUUUGGUCCAUCGCUUGCACGGUAGUCUACCUAGUUUGUGCCUUAGUGGGUCGUAAUCAUUUCAGUACCAUCUUAGGAAAUUUUCUACCAAUGAUCGGAUAUUGGUUAAGCAUUUACUUUGUAUUACUUUUGGAAGAGAAUGUGAUAUUAAGACGGUACUUUCUGCAUCUUUAUAUCCUUGAAUUCCCUCCGGAUUGCAGGGAAGAUUCUGAGGAUUCUGAACAUGAAUCCAUCAAGGUUGGUACUUCUGAACAGAUAAAGAAGAAAACUGUGAAUAUGCACGAAAUCAAGAGAAAACACCUAUCGGCAAAACAUAGAUACAACUGGGAUAUGUGGAAUAAUUAUAGCGUACUGACACAUGGUUACGCCGCCACUUUUGCAUUUUUAUGUGGGGUAGCUGGUGUCGUCGUAGGUAUGGCACAAGUAUACUGGGUUGGACCUGUAGCUGCUCAUUUUGGUGAGCUUGGGGGUGAUCUCGGAAUGUGGCUAAGUAUGGCUUUUUCCGGUUUGGUUUAUCCAUUUUGUCGCUACAUGGAGUUACGCAAGUUUGGACGCUAA